AUGCCUGGGGUAUAUGAUAGAUUUAACAAGGAUCUAUCAAAUGGUAUCAAAACUGUUGAUGCUGGGGAGGAAAUAACAGCAAUGAGGAUAAUCAAAACAGAUUUGCUAGAGAUUAAGAAACUGAUGGAGAUGCAUCGUCAGAACCAGAUAAAGAGAGAAGAGACAGAAGCUAAAAUAGCAAAAAUGAAAAAAUAUUACUACUCAGAGGAAGGAAUGGAGGCUGAGAAGGCUAAAUGGAGACAAAUUUAUUACUCAACCUUGAAGGAGAAGGAGAAAGUAGUCCAUGAAGAGGAGGAAGAGGAAUCAUUGGAAGUUGCUGAGUUGGAAUCAGAUGAUGAAGUUAAUGAGUGGAAAUCGGAACCUGUGAUGGAACCUCAGCUUCCACCACUGCUGUCGGCUCCACAACUUUCUCCACCACCUUCACCAUCGCUGUUUACACCAGCUCUAGGGUUCGAAAAGAGAAACGAGGCUACGAUGCUGUUCAUGGAAAGCCCUAAUCAGAGUGUCAGGAAGCUGGAAAUGCCUUUGUUCGACGAUCACAGACCACCAUUGCCGCCUCCGCCGCCCUAUCCUCCACUGCCGCUGCUGUCAAAUUUCACACUACUGCUGACACCACCGUCGUCGCCACUGCCAUCUCUAGUAACACCACCGCCUCUAGGAGGCAAGAACAGGAGCAAUAGUAAGAUCUUGAACAUAAGAAGCUCAAAUCGGGAAGUUAGGAAGCGGGAGAUCGCCUUGUUCGAUGGUUACAGACCUCCGCCGCUGCCAUUGACGUCUCCACCACCACUGCUUCUGCCAACCUCACCGUCGCAAAUUCAUCCAUGCCCUCCCCAGACGCUGUUGUCACCGCCACCGGCUCCACCACCAUUUUUGGAAUGUCAAUCAAAUGGUGAAGGAACGAUUGGAUUAACGUUGAACCAGAAAGAAUCGAAAGAAGCAAUGGAGCAGGCGAUGAACCCAAAGAGCAAACCACCACCGUUAUCACUACUGUUACCGCCAAAAAUUGAAACGAAGGGGGGAAGGAUGAAUUUGAUUUCAAACCAGGAAGAACCGGUUUGGAGUUGUCUUCGGAAGCAGAUGGCGCAUUCUUCUAGGAAAAGUGUUACUGCGGAAACAAAAGUGUUGGGCCUGCAUGAUCUGGACCAGAACGGGACAAUUAAAUUAGAGGAAAAACAAAGCCCACAUAUGAAUAUAUCGACAGUAGAAAUACGGGUAGCCCCACCACCAACGUCAGUUUCUUCAACUCUUACUGGACCUCGACUCAUCCUCCACAACGCCGAUCAAUCGCCAAUCCGGGAUGGCAACCUCGACGACAUCUCUCUAUGGCUCAAUAAUCAGUUUAUUCCGGCACAGAUCGUAUUGUUUCCAUCUGCAACUCAGUUAUUGGCUUUGUUUAUCAGGCGAGGUGUGAACUUGCUAUGGAAAACAAUGAGUGAUGGCAACGGGACUGACUCUUCUUAUUUCAACAACAUUGUGACAACCCGAUAUUUCAACUCUUGUAAUGACCUAAUAGGUCAAGUAUUGUAA